AAGUGACUGCGUCUCUAUCAAACCCCAAAACAAUGGAGCUAUCAAGUUCCACACUCUACCUUUUGUUCACAUUCGCCGUACUUUUUGUUCUUCGAUCUCUUCUUGCAACAAAAAGCAGCAGCGACAAGAGUAAGAGCAAAACAAACACCAAGCUUCCACCAGGACCUACCCCACUUCCCAUAAUUGGAAACCUUCUCCAACUUGGGAACAAACCUCACCAUUCAUUAGCCAAACUUUCAGACAUUCACGGACCAAUUAUGACCUUAAAAUUAGGCCAAGUAACAACCAUAGUCAUAUCUUCAGCUGACAUGGCCAGAGAAGUGCUCCAAACCCAUGAUCUCUUACUCUCAAACAGAACCGUUCCUGAUGCACUUUCAGUUCUCAACCAUGACCAAUACAGCUUGUCUUUCAUGCGUGUUUCUCCUCGUUGGCGUGACCUUAGAAAAAUCUGCAACAACAAUUUAUUCUCCAAUAAAACACUUGAUGCUAGCCAAGCACUCAGGCGCAAGAAGUUGAAUGAUCUAUUAAAUGACAUCAACAAGUGCAGUGAAACUGGUGAAGCUGUGGAUAUUGGAAGAGCAGCUUUCAAGACAACGAUAAAUUUGUUGUCAAACACUUUUUUCUCUGCGGAUUUUGUUCACUCUGCAGCUGAAGCAGGAGAGUAUAAGGAGAUUGUUGUGAGCAUAUUGAAAGAGGUUGGAGCACCUAACUUGUCUGAUUUUUUCCCUGCUUUGAAGAUGCUUGACUUGCAGGGUAUCAGAAAACGCUCUAUUGUUUCUGUUAAGAAAGUGUUGACUAUCUUCCGUCGCUUCGUUAGUGAACGGAUGAAGGUUAGGGAAGGAACAGGUUCUUCUUCAAAUGAUGACGUCCUUGAUGCCUUGCUCAAUAUUUCUCAAGAGAAUGGCAAGAUUGAAAUGGACAAAGAUGAAAUUGAACAUUUGUUGCUGAACAUAUUUGUUGCGGGAACCGACACAACAACAUAUACACUAGAAUGGGCAAUGGCAGAGCUAAUUCACAAUCCAAAGAUUAUGUCAAAAGUGGAGAAAGAACUGGAGCAAGUUGUUGGCAAAGGUAACACUGUGGAAGAAACAGAUGUUAGUAGGCUCCCUUACUUAAAUGCAGUUAUAAAAGAGACGUUCCGUGUGCAUCCACCAGUUCCCUUAUUGCUUCCCAGAAAGGCUGAGAUUGAUGUAGAAAUUGGUGGCUACGUCAUCCCAAAAGAUGCACAAGUGUUGGUCAAUGCUUGGGUUGUUGGUAGGGAUCCAACUAAAUGGGAUAAUCCAAAUGUGUUUAUACCUGAGAGGUUCUUGGACUCUGAAGUUGAUAUUAAAGGUCAUCAUUUUGAGCUCAUACCAUUUGGAUCUGGACGAAGAAUAUGCCCUGGCUUGCCUUUGGCUGUUAGAAUGUUGCCACUUAUGUUGGGAUCAUUGGUCAAUUGCUACAAUUGGAAACUUGAGGAAGGCAUAAACCUUGAUGACUUGGACAAAGAAGAUGAAUAUGGGAUUACCUUAGAAAAAUCUCAACCAGUUCGAAUUGUUCCAACCAAAGUUAAGUAAUUAAUCUAACAUCCACAUGUGUAUUGUUCCAAUAAAAAAUAAACAAUGAGAGUAGCAUGCGUGAUGGAUGCAUAUGUGUCUGGAGUAGUUGUUUGCUUGUUUACUUCUAGUAUAACCCCCUUGUGGUCUUGUCUUUGGCUGGUUGUGUUAUUAGUGUCCUUGGCUCAUGUUUAGAGAAUAAUAAGUGUCCUUGGCUCAUGUUUAGAGAAUAACAAAAGUAAUGUACACGAGCCCAUAUUUCCUAUAAAUAUUAUAAGUUUGA